UGGCGUCCUAAAAUGGCGUCUCUCCUGGAAGAUACUUUGUUCGAGACGCGCGGACAAGCCCCGGCGCCUAGCAAAGACUUCUACCAAAUUAUCGUUACUAGGAAGGAUAAGACCUGCUCCCUCAAAUUCUUCUUUCCUACCUCAAUGAGGUGACAGUGUUUCUAGGAGAGGUGAGCAAAGAAUGCCAGGCAACCAUUUAUUAUGAUGCUUAUCCGAGUUUAUGCUCCAACUACUGAUGCGGAAGAAGAGGGGGUUAAUCUGAAGUUGACAAAAUAUGUGAUUUUCAGGUGGUGGAAAAUUUCUCUUCGGAGUGAAUUCCGUGAAGCAAGGCCUGGAGAACUCAAAGAAUCUCAUGAAGAUUUCUUGGAUGAUCCCUCCCUCCAAAUUCAAAUAGCCAUUGUGUUUGGAGCAAGCACUCUGGAGCAUAUCUUCAAUCUGUGCAGAGGUGAUUUUGAUUUCCUGGUGCGACUGCCAGAUACAUUGCUUCUGUACAUCAUGUCUUAUUUGGAUCUUGAAGACAUUGCAAGGCUUUCCCAAGUAUCACACAGAUUGGAAACGAUAUGCAACUCUGACAAACUAUGGGAAAUGAUUGUGCAAGAUUUAUUGGGCACCAUCACUCCAGAAAUGAAGUCCCUGGCACAAGAAAUUGGAUGGAAGCAAUUCUUCUUCACUAACAAGCUUCAACUGCAAUUAAAACUCCGAAGAAGGAGAAAUAAGUCAGCGGGUUCUUCUGGAAGUCAGCCUGAUUAGAUGAGUAUUUUUCCUAAUUAAACAUUUUGAAAAGUGUGGAUUUAUAUAUAUAUAUAUAUAUAUAUAUAUAUAGUGUAAGCUGAACAUCUUGUUUAGCUUUUUAGAAAAAAAAUCUGGUCACAAGAUUUGAAUAAAGAUAAAGGUUGCCUUUAAAUAGGCUAUUAGAGAUGCCUGAUAAAAUCUUUGUUAUAUUAUUCCAUACAUUUUCAUUUAAUUUUUCAUUUAAAUUGCAUUUUGUUCUCUAUUUGUUUUCAGUAAAUUUAUUUAAAUAGUUCACAUUUUAUGUCUUUUGGUGUUUGUUUUUUUGCUUUAUUCGGAUUUUAUUUGAUGUCCAGCAGAUGGCAGCCACCUUUUAUUUUGUAUCACUGUUAUCAGCUGUGAUUACUAAUAUGUAUGUACAGUAUGGAUACAUAGAGAAAGCCACUGUUGUUCUUUUCAUACAAUACCUGAAAUGACACAAUGGGUAUAGCAUUCUAAGAAAAUAAAAUGAGAACUUCCAGGAAAUGGCAAAUAUAAUCAGCUGCUAUUAUCAAAGAAAGUUAAGCAUCCCCCGCUUUCCAAAUUAAUGUCAAAUAGUAAGACUGGGAUAAUGAAAAUUCAUUAAUUCUUGGUUUCAUUUGCUAUAAAGUUGUUACGUACUUUUCUUUUAAUCAAAUUACUAAUAUUUCUCUCCCACAAUUUCAUUGACAGAGCAAACAUUUCUUUAUCAGGCUUUAGUUCUAAAGUUCUCAGAAAGAUCUAUCCCUAAAAAAAAUUAGGGGGAGGAGUCUUACAUCCUAUGCUUACAAAAUAAUUUUUCCUGAUGAGUAUUUCUACAAAACCUUAGUAGCAUUAAAUUUACCAAGAAAUGUAUUUGCCAGGCAAGUGUGUUAAUUUCCUGCCAUAUGACAGUCAUUACAAAUUUCCAGCAUACUGAAUCCCUUGUUCUUUCAUAAAUGUAUUAAAAUGUGUAAUGUUUUUUCUGUAGUGUUAAAAUGCUGAUUCAUUCUGAGUAGCUCAAGAAUAAGAAUAUUCUAUAAUAGUUUUGUUUGAUACAUUAAUUUAAAAUGGCUAAGAGGACCAGAUCCACAACAAAAUAACCUUUUCUUCUUGAGAAUGCUGCUAUGUUAUUUACCACAGACUGAAUGAUAAAGCAAUGUUGUUCAUAAGGACCCUGAUUAUUUGCAUUAUAAAGGGUCUUUUUGUUACCUAACAUAAUUUUCUAGAAAAUGUUUAUAAAGAUGGAGCCAUUAAUCUUAUAAUAGGAAAAUAGUUUUUCUACUUUGAAGAAAUAAAAAUACAGCUAAAUGAUCUGAAACAAUGCAAACAUGACUAUUUUCUACCUUAACAACUUCAAAAAACAUUAUACCUAAUUUUUUCCUAUUGAUGUACAUGCUUGGUGUUGUAGUUUUAAAAUAAUUAUAGUUUCAAGACUUGAAUUAUUUAUACAGAAACAAAUGUGUGUGGAUUUCCUUCAGUAACUUUUUGUUUUCUAUUCCAUUAAUUAUAUGUGCCAAUAUUUUAGUUAGCGUAUUUGCUACUGAUAUGCCUGUCCUUAAUAAAAUAUCCCAUUUGGAAGUUUCUAAGUACUUGACUUUAUGUAUGGAAGAAAAAUAAUUCACCUUUUUAUUAUAAAUAUCUAGAUAAAAUCCUUAUAGGCAAAAUUAAAUAAUACUGUGAAAUAUAGUUUAAUGUUCAGUUUAAUUUUAUAAAAAUGUACAGAAUAACAGAGUUGGAAGCAGUGGUAGUAUUCAUUUACCUUCCCUACCGGUUCGCAAAUGUGAGCGCGAGCAGCUUGGUCUAGUGGUUAAGGCAACAGGGUAAAAAGCAAGAAAUGUGAGUUCGAAUCCUGCCUUAGGCAUAAAAGCCAACUGGGUGACCCUGGGCCUCUUUCUCACCUCACAGGAUUGUUGUGGGGAAAAUAGGAGGAAGAAGGUGUGUUGGAUAUACUUGCCGUUGAUGCAUUUAAAAAAAAAUAAUAGAUGUGGGCUACAAAUAAAGAUGAAUAAAUUAAUAGAGGGGGAAUCUUUAAGCAUUAUUCUUCAGGAUAGUCUAUACACUCUUAAAAUGAUUCAAAUAUUUAAUUCAAAUAAUUUGCAGGGCUUGGUGCUAUAAAAUGUGGUGAAAAAUAGAUCCGAGUCCCUGUUCUGAGGAAAUAUAGUAGCCCAAAUUAUCCAAAGCAAAUAGAUUUGAUCAGAUUUGAACACUCUUAAGUGUUCCCCUUCUCAUUCUUGGUAUCAGUGAAGUUGCUUUAGGAAGAAUGAUUUUUUUUUCCAGGCAUAGAUGGUGGUGAGACAGAGGUUAUAGAGUACAUACUGAUAACAUUCUGGGUUGUAAACAAAGUAUUUGCCUGCUUAUUCUAUGAGCUAAAAAUAGAAGAGAUAUGAAAGUUACAGUGUGGAGGGGGAAAGACAUCUGACUUGGCUUUUGAGUUCAUCCUUAAGAAAUUUGUAAUUGUCCCAGAUUCUUGUGAUCAAUCUUGGCUCUUACUCUAUUUUAUUUAUUCCAGAAAGGCCUCCUUUAUGGCAAAAACUUUUCAUUAAAAAUUAGUAAUUCUUCUCAGCUGGCAAAAGUUAUCCAGACAAAAAUAUUUAAAGAAACAGGUUGCCCACAGCAUAGACUGUAAAACCAUUGCUUCCGGAGUAAAAACUGAGGCAUCCUUUUUAAUAACUAAGGGAGGGAGAGAUUUGGGUGGCAGAAGUGGGUUGGGAGGAAGGCUUGCUGAGUGCCAGGAUCUCAGUUAAAAGUUCAUCAACUCUAUGAGUGGCAUAGCUAAAAUGGUAAAAUUUGGAAUAAACUUACAAAAGAAGUUAGCAAGCCCAGAAAACACUGGAAGUUUAAAAAAGUAAAGACAGUGGUCCUGAGAUAGGAGAGCCUUCAUGAGAGGAUUCAUUUGCAUACCUUUUCAGGAAAUACCAUAUCUAAAGUAAGCCAAUUUUUUUUCAAGUAAGCACUCAAGUUGUGUUAGCAGUAAUUUUGAAGUCUGUGUGCAAAACACUCAUCUAAUUUUUCAGAAUAAAUUAACAGGUUAAAUAUAGGUAUUUGUCCAAAAGGAAGAGAGUGAUUCAUAAGUCGCGUGAAGACUGCAGGAAAAUUGGCCAAAUGGAGUUCCAUUACAAUAUACUGAAACUUGUAAUUGGCAUCAAAUAUUGUUAAAUGUUUAUGCCCGGCCUCUUUCAUAUGUUAGGAUAUAAAGUCUCCUAAAUAAAAUUUGGUUAAAAAUGUAUGUUUUGUCCAUC